AUUCAAUUACUCCUUUGACCGAAGAUACAACAAAUGUUACUUUCUUCAAGAAAAAUGAACUUGGUAAAAACGUACGUAAACGCAAGAAAUCACCAUCGCCUGAUGCAUUCUCAGAAUUUGCUGAAGGUUCAGCAGUACAAAAAAAGGAAAACACGGAUGAUAUUAAUGUCACCUUUUCCGCAAGUCUGCCAUAUCCUACACGAAAGCCCGAAUGGGAAACUGAUCGUGAUGCGCAAGCAUUGUUAGCUGCCGAAGAAGCCGGUCCAAUUCGUGCACCUAUAAAUAUUCGUGUUACUUCACGAUUUGAUUAUCAACCAGAUAUAUGUAAAGAUUAUAAAGGUGACUAUAAAUCUGGAUGGCAAUUAGAAAGAGAAUGGGAAGAAAUGCAGGGAAAAAUUCGACAAGAUAAAAGCGAAUUUCUUAUCGAAAGUAGUGAUGAAAGCGAUGAAGAAUUGCCUUUUGCCUAUAGUGAAAGUUCUGGUGAUGAAUAG